AUGCCAGGGCUAGGAGAGAUGAAGAUGAAUGAAAAUUUGGGCAAGGCCAAGGAUGCAGAACUGCUCAUCGCCCAUCACACUUGCUUAGGAUGGAUGUUGGCCAACAUGAAUGCUGCGUGUCUAUCCUAA